AUGAGACUCCUGCUGCUGGCUCUUCCUAUCCUUGCGCUCCUACCCCAAGUGAUCCCAGCCUAUGGUGGUGAAAAAAAAUGCUGGAACAAAUCUGGGCACUGCAGGAAACAAUGCAAAGAUGAAGAAGCGAUGAAAGAAAUGUGUACAAAUCAUCGAGUCUGCUGCAUUCCGGACAGUAAAAGGCACUGGCAAGUUCCUGAGACACCUCCCACACGCUCGUACGAUUUGACAUCAGUACCAUUUGGCGUAAUUUUAACACUAGUGUCCACUACACACCACGUGGAAGUAAAAAGCGAGAAAGUCACAGUUAAGCAGUCUGAGGUAGUACACACAACUGAGAUCUCUCGCCCAGAGAGUUUCAUCACCGCUCAGAGUGAUGAACCAGAUCAGAGCUAA